CUCUCUCUCUCUCCGUCUGACCGUCUCCCUCUCUGUUAACAGGGGAUUCAGUUUGACCAGUGGCUCCCGAACUUCCAUUUUUAAACCCAUCAGCGUCCAGGUGAUGUGGACAGUCCUUCAGACAUUGCACAAAGCCUGUGAAGAGUCUUCAUACUUCAAUCUGUUUCCGGGGGGGAGCGGAUUACUCUGGGCUGACUACUACAUGCAGAGAAUCGACUCCAAGCAGACCUACGUCAAUGAGUGGAACACCAUGUCCGACCUGCUCUCUGUCCGCCCUCCAUCCCCACAACACAGCACACCAACAGAUCAGGAUGUAACAGAACUGCUAGUUCGAUCCAAUCUUCGUGUUGUCAUGGCAGACAUGGAUUUAGAUCAAGCAACAUCCAGAGUGAUCCGAACUGCAUUAGAACAGCGAAUGCAACUUGACCUGAAGGAAUAUAAAGGGUUUAUCGAGAAUGAGAUAAUGCUGGUGCUCGCUCAGAUGGAUAAACCGAGUAAAAUCUUCCAUUAUCUUUACUUGGGUUCAGAAUGGAAUGCCUCUAACUUUGAAGAACUGGAACAGAACAGGGUGGGCUAUAUCCUCAAUGUGACCCGGGAGAUUGACAAUUUCUUCCCAGCCCAGUUCAAGUACCUCAAUAUUCGCGUUUAUGAUGAGGAAUCGACAGACCUCCUAUCCCAGUGGGAGCAAACUUAUCGCUUCAUCAACACUGCCCGGAGCAGUGGCUUGCGUUGCUUGGUUCAUUGUAAGAUGGGAGUUAGUCGAUCUGCAUCGACUGUCAUUGCCUACACCAUGAAACAGUACGGCUGGGAUCUUGAGAAAGCCUUUGCCCACGUUAAGGAACGGCGUAGUGUUGUCAAACCCAAUUCUGGUUUCCUCAGCCAGCUCCGCAUUUACCAGGGAAUUCUGAAUGCCAGCAAACAGCGCCACAACUUUCUGUGGAGGAGCUGCUCGGAGACUGACCUCACUGACAUUUCCAAGGAGCCAAAGCAGGGUCCGGCCGUGAGACGAUCCCAGGACGACUCUGAGACAGGGCCCAGAAGGUCAAGGCAGCUGCACCGUUCCCCUGGGUCUCUCUCCCCCUCAGGCCUCUCUCCUAGGCCUAACUCCCCCUCAGGCCUCUCUCCUAGGCAUAACUCCCCCUCAGGCCUCUCUCCUGGGUCUUACUCCCCCUCAGGCCUCUCUCCUAGGCCUAACUCCCCCUCAGGCCUCUCUCCUAGGCAUAACUCCCCCUCAGGCCUCUCUCCUGGGUCUUACUCCCCCUCAGGCCUCUCUCCUAGGCCUAACUCCCCCUCAGGCCUCUCUCCUAGGCCUAACUCCCCCUCAGGCCUCUCCCCUGGGUCUCACUCCCCCUCAGGCCUCUCUCCUAGGCCUAACUCCCCCUCAGGCCUCUCUCCUAGGCCUGACUCCCCCUCAGGCCUCUCUCCUAGGCCUAAUUCCCCCUCAGGCCUCUCUGCUGGGCCUCACUCCCCCUCAGGGCCCUCCCCAGAACCUCACUCCCCCUCCGGCACCCCUCCCAGGCCUCCCUCACCCUCAGGCACACCCCCUGCUCCCGGCCCUACCUCAUCCUACCACUUCAGGCCUCUGGGGGAGCAGUCCGACAAAGCCCCAGCUGCUUCCGUGCUUUUGCCCUGCACCCCCUCCAUCAGCGUAGAGGGGGCCCCCCUACCAGAACGUAGCCCACCAGGCCGGGAGUCGAGCCUGUGUAUGCCCGAGCCCCUGGCGCCCUCGCUGAGGAAGAAGCUGGACCUCCUGACACUGAUGGGGCAGGUGAAGGAAAUGGAGAGGCUGCAGGAGGCCUUGGAGAGCACAGCGGCCCCAGCCCCGCAGAGAGCCCGGGCCUGGAGGAGGAGGGCCUACUCGGUGCAGGCCCUGGGAGUGGACGAGCAUGACUGGAGCCGCUGGAAGUCACUGGAUGUCGGGGACACAGCCUUCCUCGAGGGCCCGGGUAGGGAUGACGUGUCAUGGCCCAGGUCCCCCGGUGCCACACCUCAGAAGGGCAAGACGCAGGGGCGCAGCUCCCUGCACCAUCUCCACCAGUGCCAGGCCGUGGACUUGCCUGAGGAGGACGAGGUGAACGAGGGGGGGCAUGGAGACGCUGUGCCAGAGCAGACUGCGGGCCUGGAGAUGGCAGGGGCCGGACACUCGGCUGUGGAGGGAGGGGGCACAGCAGGGAGGAAUUACCCCCCCAGGAAGGCUGCCCCCCAACACCGCCACUCUGUGGCUGCCCUGCAGGAGUCAGCUCUGGUCUUGCAGCGAAUGAAGCAUUUCGCUGAGGGAGGGCCAAUGGAAGGUCUCCAAGGGGAGGGGGCCGGAAGCUGAGGAGACACCCCCCGCCGACCUUACCCCCCGUAGCUGUCCCCAACAGCCCCCCCUCCUCAUAUUCCUCCCGCUCACUACAGCUCGCUAUGCCCAGUGUGAUUACAGCAGCCCCUUCAAAUCCCAUACCCUCACCCACCCAUAUAUUUCCAGCAAUCUCUGAUAUUCCCAAAUUGUCUCCAGUCCGCAGGAAAUUUGCUGCAUUCCAACCUCCUCUCGACCGCCAACAACAACAGUGGAGCCACCUGCAUUAAUGUAGCGCCUCAGUGCAGUGACACACCCCCGGAGUAUUUCACAAAGGGCCAUGUUCAGGAACCAGAGGACAGGGGGCGCUUCGUGGGGUUCUGGGACCAAGCUCUGUCAAAUGAUCGGGUGGGGGUGGGUUUUAGGAGCGUCCCAGAGCAGGAGGGAGGCGGGGAAGAGAGAGACAGAGACUGGGGUCUGGGUGGAGGGAGAUGGAGAGCCUUAAGGAGGAAAUGCCAGAGAUCCAGGCCCAGGCACGGGGACUGAUCAGAAUCAGGGUGUGGCCGUGAUUGAUGGAAUGCAGAGACAUCAGAGAUAGGGAGGGGGUGUAGGGGAUGG